AACGGCAGUCUUCGCAUAUUUUGUCCCCUAGAUGGCGUGUGGAUGUUAAACGUACUCGAACCGUAUGAGGAACAUCGGAGAAUCGCCUUUCAAAGUGUGGAAAGUCUCCACAUAUGAGUCAUGAUUCUUCAGGGUCCGAUAAUUGUCCAUUGGGUCAAUUUCCAUGUGGGAAUCUAUCGAUUUGUUUGCCACAACCACAGCACUGCAACGGGCAGCAGGACUGUCCUAAUGGAGCAGAUGAAGAGAACUGUGUGGAUAACAGUGGUUGGCCACACCUGUUUGAUGCCUUCAUGAAAAAAAGAGUCCAGGAGUCAAAAGAGUGCAUGUUAGACGUCUAUCCAGAGGUGUGUCAUUGUGAGGGUCGGAAGGUGAACUGCAAUGGCAAAAAUCUCCUUCACGUUCCUGCUGUGUCCUCUAAUGUUACAGCACUUGAGCUCAACAGUAACAGGAUCGAAUCUCUUUCUCGUGACCUGUUCCUCCGUUACAAGCACUUGGAAAGACUACAUUUGGAGAGUAAUAGUAUAGAAAUGAUCUCCAAGAGGGCGUUUUCCGGAUUGUUCUCUUUGCGUAAACUUUUUUUGACUCAGAAUAGGAUUUUAUCUCUGAAAGCAGGGAUAUUUAGUGAUCUCUGCAGUUUGGAGUGGCUGAUUUUGGAUGAGAACAGAAUAUCAUCUUUGCGGCAGAAGUCUUUUGAAGGCCUGAAGUCUUUAUUUUUCUUAUCUUUAUUGAAUAACUCUGUUGAACAGUUUCCUAAAACGUCUAUCUGUCUUGAGAUGUCCCGCCUCAAUUGGUUGGAAAUGGAGGGAAAUAGAAUAUCAUCUCUCUGGGCUUCCAGUUUCAAAAACUGUUCUUCACUUACUGUUUUGGCACUGAGGAGGAACCACAUUAGCUCCAUUGAGGAGGGAACAUUUGCAGACAUGCAUAAAUUGAUAGACUUAGAUGUGUCUGUGAACCAGAUUCAAGAUCUGCAUCCAUCUCUCUUCCAGAACCUCCAGAACCUUAAGCAGCUGGAUUGGACAAGGAGAGAACCCAAGCGCAGGCAGCUUGACAAGAAAACAAUUAUUUAUUUAAAUAAAACAAAACAAAAACCCACGAGGGGAAAUAUCUCCAACAAUCCUCUGGGACACAUAUACAGCAAUCAGUUUGACAGUUUGGUGAAUUUACAGUCUUUGAGUAUGGAAGAAGUGGAGAUUCCUGACAUCAGCAUCAGGAUGUUCCGGCCCCUUAAUAACCUCACUCACAUCUAUUUCAAGCGCUUUGAAUUCUGCGGAUAUUCUCCCAACGUGCGAAGCUGCAAGCCGAACACAGAUGGAAUCUCCUCCUUUGAGAAUCUCCUUGCCAACAUCAUUCUGCGCGUAUUUGUCUGGGUCGUUGCCUUCAUCAUUUGCUUCGGAAACAUCUUUGUCAUCUGUCUGCGCUCCUGUAUCGCCUCUGAGAAUCAACAUCACACCAUGGCCAUCAAAUCUCUUUGCUGUGCAGACUGUCUGAUGGGCGUGUACCUUCUUUUCAUCGGUGCCUUCGACAUUAAGUACUGCGGCGAAUAUAACCGCCACGCUCAGAUAUGGAUGGAAAGCCUGUCCUGCCAGCUGAUUGGCUCUCUGGCCAUGCUGUCCACGGAGGUAUCCGUCAUGAUGUUGACCUACAUGACUCUGGAAAAGUAUCUGUGCAUCGUAUUCCCGUUCCAGCACUACCGCGCUGGCCGAAAACAGACCCUCUGCUCGCUGACGUUCAUCUGGCUGCUGGGAUUCAUCAUCGCUGUUAUUCCCUUCUGGGAUAAACAGACAUUUGGGAAUUUUUAUGGUCGAAAUGGAGUUUGUUUCCCUCUUCACUCAGACCAGACAGAGAAACCUGGUGCCAGAUGCUACUCUACAGCCAUCUUCCUCGGUCUGAAUCUUCUGGCCUUCGUGAUGAUCGUAUUCUCCUAUUCCAGUAUGUUUUACUCUGUACAGAAGACGGCAAAGACAGCUAGCCAGACAGUAUUUGAUCGUGAGGUCUCCAUCGCAAAGAGAUUUUUCUUCAUUGUCUUCACUGACGCCAUGUGCUGGAUCCCAAUCUUCCUCUUGAAGAUUCUCUCGCUGCUGAGAGUACAGAUUGCAGGUACAAUCAUUCUGUGGGUGGUGAUUUUUAUCCUACCUAUAAACAGUGCCCUGAACCCCAUUCUGUACACUAUCACAACCAGCGCAUUUCAGCAGAGACUUAAACAGUGUCUGAAAUAUCGUUGCCAGCAGACAAACUGAUUCGGACUAUCACACAUACACAAUGCAUAUGCACAAUACAUUGAGAGUAAUCUUCCAUGCCAAAUAUAAAGUCAAUGACCGCAGAAGCAGAAGAUAAUCAGGUCUGCUGUACGCCAGCCUACAUGCACAGUCAUAGGAACCAGCAGACCAACAACAUGCCCUUAUGCAAUUAAUCUGUAUUAAUCCAAGCCUGACAUGAAAACUAAGAAACUUGCCAUAUGCACCUGAAGCAGUGUGACUGUAUGCUGUGAAAGCUUAACUCUGCGGCUGUCAGAGGAGAUAAUGGACAGAUGAAGGUUUGGGGUGGACCCAUAGGCAGAGGACUGGAACCCUUGGAAACAAUGGGGAAGGACCUUAUUGUUGAAUACAAAUACUUAACUAUAUAAGUUUUUGAAAAGAGUUUGUGCAGUGAAUGAAUUUAUUGAAACUCUCUGAAUCAUAAUUCAUGAAAGAAAAUUAUAAGAAAUACAGAUCAUAAUGUUUAUAGUAGCGUCCAGUAAAAAAAGUUCCAAACUGCUGUUAAUAAAAUGACAUGUUAUCUGUUUCUGCUGAUUGUAACACUCACUGCCUUCAUUGGG